AUGCGGAAGACACUUCUCCUAGUCUUCAUCCAUGGCUUUAAGGGUGGUGAUGAUACAUUCGACAAUUUUCCUGACAGCCUCCGAAUAGUCGCUGGUAAGGCUCUGCCAGCAGUCACAGUUGUAAAGGCUGUGUACCCCAAAUAUGAGACGAAAGGCGACCUGAAAGAAUGCGUGGGAAGAUUCCGGGAUUGGCUGCAAGAUACCGUUAUUGAUCUGGAGGUUGCAAAUCAAACAGCUUCACCAACUGUCGACCCAUCAGUCCAUGUCUUUCUUGUCGGACACUCAAUGGGUGGGAUUGUCGCUGCAGAUGUGCUUCUACUACUAGCAGCUGAGCAGCCAAUUCAUCGGAACCCAGCAUCAGACCCAGUAUCAGACGCACAAUCUGUACCUCAAGCAGACGCAGAGACGCCUGUUGUGGAACCAGGCACAUUCAUGUUCCCUCACGUUCAAGGUGUGCUUGCCUUUGAUACUCCGUAUCUUGGUAUUGCACCGGGAGUGGUUUCGUAUGGGGCAGAAAACCACUAUCGCAAUGCAACAACUGCCUACAAUACUUUGAAUGAAGUUGCCGGACUUUUUGGCUAUGGUGGAAAAACAACCACCCCUGCUGCUGCAGCUGGUACUGCAUCUGCUAAGGCACCUACCCAGUCUCUCCCUUCCACAGGUGAUGCUGCAGAAAUACCGUCUUGGCAACGCUGGGGUAAAUAUGCCAUGUUCGCAGGUGCCGCAGGUGCAGCUGCAGCUGGAGGCGCUGCCGCCCUGUACUCCCAGCGACAGAAUCUUUCGGCUGGAUUCAGCUGGGUUUCAUCACACCUGGAGUUUAUUGGCUGUCUAGCACGCCGACCAGAUCUGAAUCAACGCCUUGAUGGUCUGGCAGUGGUGCAAAAGGAACGAGACAUCAAAUGUUUCAAUUUUUACACAUGCCUCGGAAAAGGUGCAGGAACCCUGGUCGAUAAUUCAGUCACGGGAAAAACGUCUUUCAGUCAAAAGAUAAUUCGGUCAAAGAACAGGACUUUCUGUACCCUUCCAGAGGAAGUUGAACAUGGCGAGGGCUCAAUACAACCUGGGAUUCAAUGGAUCAAGGCCAUCAACAAUCAGGUUACCGAUGAAGUCAGGGCACAUGUCAGUAUGUUUUUGCCAAAGGACAACCCUGCAUUUUAUGACCUGGUUGGCGACACAUGCAAAAAUUUGGUAGCAUCGAUCGACCAGGGUUGGUACAAUUCAUCGACUGGGCCGGCCGAACCUCGAAAAGAAUACCCCAGAAAUGAAGACAGCUUUAUGGAGACUGACGAUGUCGUCGUUGUGAAUGAUAAUGAAUGA